AUGUUAAACAAAAAAGGGAAUCAAGAAGAAGCUGCCACGAGCGGUGCGUCUGAGAAGAAAAAUUCAAAACGGAAAUCAACAAAAAAAGAUGUUCCCAAAUCUCGCAAAAAAUCUAAACCAUCUGAGGAUGUGGUGUCGGAAGCUUUUGUUGGUACAAAUGACAGGGUGAUUAAAGAGGAAGAAUUUAUAGCGGAGCCUCCUAAACAUGGUGCUGGCAAGAGUCCCAUGGCUAUGAGGAAAUUUAAAGAAAGCCAAUCCGGAGGUGUCCAGGAAAUUGAUGAUUCUGGUGACGAUGGUUCCAAUACCGGUGAGGAUGAAGUGGGGCAGUCUGAUCAUGAUGGCCUCCAACAUGAGCAUAUCCCGGAAGCUCCCAAGUCAAAAAGGCCAUUAAAGAUGGUGUUUCCACAUAUUCCAUCCGACAGUUAUUUGAGUAAAGACAUAGAGAAAGAAGAAUUUAUUGACCGUGCGGCUCCUCCGGCUCGACUUCAGGAGAUUGCGAUGCUUUCCAUAAGGGAGUUUCGAAGUUCUACAAAUGAGACGACCCUCCGACAUUUAACUGAGCAGCAUGACUUCUGGCGUAGGUAUGAGUUGUUAGAAGCGGAGAAUGAGGGUUUGAAAGAGAAAAAUAAGGAGUAUCGACGGAAGCUCCGAAAUUUUGAAUCUCAAAAUUCUGCGCUUCAGACACAGAAGGAAGCAGAAUUUGGAAGCCAAAACUGUUCUUUUGCAAAACCAAGCGGAGCUGGCGGAGUUGGAAGUGAAAGCUUGUCGAGACAAAAUUGAAGAACUAAUUAAAGACAAAACAAAGGUUGAUGAUGCUUUGUACGAGGAGCGGAUGAAAGUUGAUGUAACAUUUGUGAUUUUUGUGUGUAUUAACUCACAACUAAACGUGAUUAAUUUCAACUAAAUUUCAUAA